AUGGCUCGUGUUCUUCUUACCUUGUUCGCUGUCUUGACAAUUUUCUCCAUCGCUAUCUCAUCAUGCCCGGAUAAUGAAGUUUGGGACGAAUGUGUAUCUCCAUGUCAACAAACCUGUGCAAAUCCUAAGCCUGGAAUUUGUCAAGCUAUGUGUAGACCCGGCUGUAAAUGUGUUCCAGGCUAUCUAAGAAAUAAGGAUGGAUUGUGUGUUCCGGAGAAAUGUUGUUAA